AUUAACCUACCCAUUGGUUCCUGACACACAUAUUCAACCAAAAAUGAGACACCGUCCACCCCCACCGCCACCGGACCCUUUUGCACCCCCACCGCCACCGGACCCUUUUGCACCACCACCGCCACCAGACCCUUUUGCACCACCACCACCUCCGCCUCAUUUAGUUGGUCCGCCACCACCAUCCCCGCCACGUCCUGGGUUCUAUCCUCCUCCACCACCUCAUCACCACCAUCCUCAUGGUCCACCACCUCCACCCUUUGCACCACCCCCUGGCCCCCCUGGACCUCCCCCACCACCUUACUUUGAUCCAUAUAGGCCACCUCCACCUGGGUAUCGCCCUCCUCCACCUUACUAAUUCUAUCUUGCACGCUUGUUUAGCUUCACGAUGGCUCAAAAUAAUUGCUUUUGAUUCUGAGUAUUCGUGGUGUAUGCAGAUCAUUACUUGGCCGAGGUAAGCAGUCUACAUAUGGGGAGAAAAAAAGAAAGAGCAUAUAUGAUUCCACUUUAUUCUGUAGAUCUGUUAGAUGCUAUUUUGCUACCUGUUGCAGUGUUAAUAAGUUCUAUGAACUUGAGAUUAGAGUUGUUCAUCCUUUCUGAGUUCCCCUUUUUUUUUUUUUUUUGGAUUUCAGUAUGCAAUAUGUAUCUAUAGAGAUAAUUAUGGAAUUAAUCAAAUUUCCAUUUGGAUUUUGAAUCCCAAAAGCAAAGAGAGAAUCCAUGAAAUUUUUGGAUGCUGAAGGCAAAGCAAAUGAAGACUAAAAUUGUUC